UGUGACAUUCGAACAUUGUCAAAAGCUCGCUGGCCUGUCGGUAAACGCCGCCAGAAUACGCCUGGAAUAUCAAGAAGAAAAAAAUAUUUGAUGCCGGGAAAUAGAGCGUGACAUCUAUUUACUGCGCUGCGUUCAGGAUAGUGGUGACGUGGAUUAGUCGAUGUGAACAGAUCAGAGAUGGACAGGUAAACAAAAAAUGUUUUUAAUGCUUAGACAACUGCGACCUUCGCCAAGAAUAGCUAUGAUCCUGUUGGUUUCCUCACUGCUGGGUACGCUUUUGAUCGGAUAUAGCCUAGGUUACGACUCCCCAACUGGGACCGUAUACGACUUCACCGUAAAAGACAUCGAUGGAAACAACGUAUCCAUGUCAAAAUAUAAAGGAAUGGUACUGGUCAUCGUCAAUCUUGCUUCUGAGUGUGGACUCACUGAUCGAAAUUACAAGGAGCUCACGAUUCUUCAAAAGGAGCUAGGUUUUCGCGGUUUUCGUGUUCUGGGAUUCCCUUCGGACCAAUUCGCCGGCCAAGAACUGGAAACCAAUGAACAAAUUAAAACUUUUGCUCGUGAAACAUAUUCCGUCAACUUUGACAUGUUUGCCAAAAUUAAUGUGAAUGGUGCAAACGCUGAACCUUUAUGGCGCUUCCUUAAGGAACGACAAGGCGGCCUGAUCUACGACGGAAUCAAAUGGAACUUCACAAAGUUUAUUGUUGAUCGAAAUGGGAUUCCCGUUGAAAGGUACUCUCCAACGAGCUCGCCAUUGUCAAUGAAGGAUAGCAUCCUGAAGUACCUUAGCCGAACAACAAAGCCACAGUCAUCAAACGCCACAAAUCACAACAACAACACCGAACUAUAAAACGACUGUCUCAUCUUGAGUCCCUUCGCGGAUUGAAUAUGGAUAUUGCCGUAUUGGAUAUGCGAAUGUCGUAAUUAGGGCAGGGUCCGGAAGCUCAAGGUCUCGCUGAGAUUUUCGAAUUGCCACCAUUGAAGAUACAAAGUAUGAGUUACAAAACAUUUUGUACUGCCCCAGGAUACGGAGGAAACUUGGCCUGUGGACAAAUAGCGCCCCGCAAAGUGCAUCGAUACAAAAAACUUCUUGGCACUUCUUAGGCUGUUCAUCGUCAAUCGUGCACUAACAGUUCUUCCUCUGAGCACUAGCAGCUGGCAGAACGAUUUGUGGGGGAUUCAUUACAGAGAAUACAAUGAGAACUAACUAUUAAUUGUACCGUAACCAUGAAAACUUGACCCCAGGGAAAUUAUAUAUAUAUAUAUAUAUAUAUAUAUAUAUAUGCAUACAAACGAACGGUAGCAUUGCAACGUAUGUUAUAGCUAAACUGGGUAGCUAUUGCAUCGUUAGUGUUUCAAUGAGGUACUACAAUUUUAUUGCGGCGGCCAAAAUUUUGUAUUCAUAAACAUUUUUAUUUUUAGCUUUACGUGGUCCGGUUUUUUUUGCUUCCGGGGGAGGGGGUACAAAUUUCAAUUGCUUCUCUAAGUACCUGUAUAAAAUUGUCGUGUACUAUAUAUAAUAUAAUAGUGCCAACGUUUACAGAUAAUAUUUCAUCUUACAUCAAAGGAGAGGUAGAUAAUUGAAAGAUAAGCCUAGUAAAAGGUGUGCGGGCUUUACUGCGUACAUCUAAUACGAACGAUCAUGUCUUAUUUUAGUUUGAUUAAUAUACAUAAUAGAUAACAGCUUAGAUAUGACUCGAUUAUCUAAACUGAACACCAUUGACUAUUAAAAAAUAUAAUAACAAUUUAAACGGGCUAAUGUUAGGGUGCUGAAUUGCUCGUUUCGUUUCUUGGAAAGAGUAUGGGGUAGCCGCCCCUAAGAUUUAUAUUAGCUUUAACGCUUUUAUCUUCAUUGGAAGUCUUUUGCAAAAGGCUCUACAGUCUACUUACGCAAAUGAAUAAGUAAAAAAAAAACUUCGAGUGGGAGAACAUUAUGCGAGGUAGUCAUAAACUAACUGAGGGUGGCUUCAUUAAUAACUUUACGAACAACUAACUAUGUCACUCAGUCAGUCAGUGAUUUCAUGUUUCACGUUAAAAAAAUUGAUUCCUCAAUCAUGGAGGUUUUCUAUUCCACGUUUUAUGUAUCAUCACCUAGCAUGGAACACUGGCUUUCCCAUAAUUACCCUUUGGCGUGCCGCUAAGUAUAAAAAUUCUAUUACAAAUGGAAUAAAUGUAAUAAAUGAAUAGAUAAAAAUGAUAAACCUGUAUCUAGGUUGCAGUUUAAUUUAUACGGCCUAUCUCUGAUUGGAUCGUUUAGGUUCUCAAUACGGUCUGGCUAGCAGAAAUUUAAGAUCCAAUUAGACGUCUGGUUGUAUAGCCCGAUGAUUAAGAAGGCCUGAACGCUGUGAUGCUGUACGAGUGCAUAAGAUCAAUUACCGAAUUAAGACAAAAUUCAUUUUUGAAUAAUUCAAAUCUCCUUUAAAUAGUCCAUUCAUCUACAUCGCGUACAAACGUAGUAAGUUUAUCAAUCUUCGACGUAUAGUUUGAAUAGAUGGGUGAAAGCGUUAUAUCACCACUAGUGCUUUAACAUUGACAAACACACAUAUAUUUAUAUAAAAAACAAAAAUAUGAGCACUUUAAUAAACUGUAAACUAUAAUAGAUAGUUUACAACGCCGUGUAAGCCGGUCUGAAUCUUGUAGCAUACUCGGCUAUUUUGCGUAGCUAAAAAAGGAUGCCUUCAAAUAAGCCUAAUUCCAAUAAUCCGCUAGAUAAGGUUUUGACGAUUAGGCGUCUUCCUUCAGAAGGUUAGACGCUUUAGUCGAAGAGGUGGCACUUCCUAAAGUUAUAGCGAGCCGUAGGUACGUGUAACGGAUUACUUGCUAGUUGUUACUUUCACAUUCGCCGGCUACAACAUCUACACCCCUCCAGGAAGAGAAAGUCAACAAAAAGCGUAGAUAAGCUGAAGCGCGUUAAGUACUCUUCUUCUCUUCAGUAUCAUUGCCAUUGUUUAGGCGUUUGCGUUCUGAUACUAUUAGGUUACUGAACAUCGAGUUGAUUACGCAGAUAUCUCGCAAGUUUUUUGUUGAUUGAUCUUACGUUGAACAUGACUUGGACAUCAUAAGUAACGUUUAAUGCUGUUAAAUUUAUCGUAUGAGUUUGGACAACAAUGAUAACGGCCAUGCAAGUAUUAGAUGGGCAACUAUUUUUUGCUACGUUUAAAGUAUGAAAGAAUUUUGCAAACCAGCUUAUCUGGUACUCACUUCAUUAUCGACCCUCUGUACCAGUGAAGAAUUUCAUUUGUAGGUUGCGAAGUACGAACGGACUUAUCAGGUGCUCAUUUACUUUCUAAUUUACAGUUGUCGGGGUCAGCUAUUUCCACCGACAAAACCAGCACAUAGCUUCCCAUUCUACCUGGAUGCGCGAAAUUUCUUCGCCUUUUCUUAUGAAAACUUCUGAAUAAUUGAAUGUUUGUGAAGUCAAAAUAACUUGAAAUUUGUUUUCUUUUGAUGUUCUAUUUGGACUACUCAGCUUGAGAGGCUCGAUCAAAGCAAUUUUGCUGCCUACGAUCCUGUACAAACUAGAUUUUUCGAUUCGGAACGUCCGCAGUACUUUUACAUUGAAUUCUAGGUAAACAUUCGAAUUUCGCAUAACUAAAAUACUCAGCUGAGCUGAAGUGGUGAUGACGAAGAUUUGAAUUGUACUUUAGUGCGUGUACUCAAAUUGUGAAUAGGUCAGUACUAUUCGUUUGAGACAUUACCCUGCAGAGGCCGCAAUCUUUCCGAAGUAAAUUUCUACAGUUAGAAAAAACAGUGAAAAGUAAGAAGGAAAGAACAGAGGAGCAAAUUGCUAAGCCAGGAAAAGCCUGCCUCAGUCGAGAUCUGCGCCACCGACUUGAACAUGACCAGGAUGGUUUGCUGACCUUUUUAUUUGACUAGACUUUAGUGAGCUGUUCCUGCAAUGAAGCAACGCCUUGCAUUUUAGUGUUGAAGCAUACUUCACGGGACACCUUUUUCUCAAUAACCUCAGAGUAUCUCGAGAUGCUCUGUGUUCACUAUAAAGGCUUAGAGGAGCAAUUUUCUUAGUCAAGAUGAAUGAUAUGGCCCAGUUGAGAUUGAAUCAUGUCCAAAAGGCAUAAGCUUUGUAUUUCUGUACAGUUGUUCUGCUCCGGUAGAAUAUAUCUCGAACGCACCGUUCGGCUUUAUAGUACUGUUGACUAGAAGUAAAAUGGCUGAACAGCUGAAAAAAGGGCGCUUGCAAAAGAGAAGAAGUUCAUUAUUUUUCAAAGUAGCAUCUGUAUCCAAAAUAUAUCUGGAAAACAGAAAAAUGUCCCGUACAAGUAUACUAUGAACAUUCCGUAUGGGAAGCAUCGCAGUGCUAGCAAAUCUAAUUAGAAAGGCGCCUUAUAUCGGGUUAGCACAGCAGUUCACUCGAUAGCUAACUGUCAACCAGCCAGUGGAUAAAGAAGUUCAGCACUUAGAAUGGUGAUGGUAACUCAGUAGAUUGCCAUUUAUUUACAAAAAUAAUGUAUCAUCAUCGUCUUCAGCAGCAGCACCGUAAUUAUAUCGUCAUCGUCACUGUGUAGUUUUCUUACAUCCGUCGUCGACCUGUUGACUAUUCAUCUUGUAUUUUGUGUUGCAUUGAAUUGUUCGCGUCUGUUGCCUUCCAAUAGACCUAACUGCGCAGGAAGGCCUAGACCUGAAUCAUCGUCGUUGUAGCAUCUUUGAGUAGCUUAGAUUCUCCCUCGCUGCUUCCCUGUGCCUGAUUGGCCUGUCAACUGAUCGACCUGCUGAUCAUCGCAUCCUAUAAUGAAGGCCUAGUGAUCGUCUUUACAAUUAAAACCAGCUGCAGUAUGAGUACAAGAUAUAAUAAUGAUACUCUCUCGUUCUCCAUCGACGCUGAACGAUGGCGCCGCCACGUUUCUCACCAUUUUGUGUCUUCAACAUCUUUUAUUACCUACUUAGCAUCAGCACGACGUUGGUUCUGUUUAUAUCAAAUCCUAUUUCAAGUUAGCGAUCUCUGUCCGCAUCGAUUUUGUCUUCCUCUUUCGAUCACAUCUUAUUUCUUUCAUGUAUUACUCUCUAGUGUGUCAUGUUCGUUUGAUAUUGAUCUUCACACUCAUUCAGUUGGGUUGUUUCGUGUGCGGAUGGUUGUCUCAUUCACAUCGUCAUGCCCAUGCGGACCUUCGAAUAAUAAUAAUAUCAGCACUCACGCAUUCACCUAUGGACCAGCGGGUAUUCGAAGGCAGAUGCCGUCUCUGAAGCAAUGUCGUUCGUUACCAGCGGGAUUAAUCGUACGUAACGAUUUCAUUUUUCGUCAUUGCCGUUAGUCCUUCGGCGUUCGCUGGACUUGCCAGCACGAGCCGAACUUCAAGCUCUCGGUCUGCCUUCGCCCGGAUUUUCAAUCGAGCGCACAGCCUUCGAAAAAAAAGAUUCGUAUUUCUCCUCCGAUAUCUAAUGCAGAAGUACGAUGUAUAUCUGAGUUUCUGGCUUUUUUUUUAACGUUGCUUUGUUUUCACAAUUUUUAAUCA